AUGUGUAUAGCGUUCGUUACAACAGUAUUCAACCACUUCGACGACGACGGCAACGGCAACGGCAAGAUCUCCCCCAAGGAGCUGCGCCUCUGCGUGGGGUCAAUGGGCGGAGACCUGUCGGAGGGGGAGGCGGAGGCGACGGUGGUGCUGAUGGACUCCUACGGUGACGGCGAAUUGGGGUUCAAAGACUUUGUCAGACUGAUCGAAGGAGGAGAGGAGGAGGAGGAGGAGAAGGUGAAGGAAUUGAGAGAGGCGUUCAGGAUGUAUGAGAUGGGAGAUGGGUGUGAGUGCAUUACACCCAAGAGCUUGAGGAAAAUGCUGAGGAAGCUUGGGAAGAGCAAUACCAGUAUUGAGGAGUGUAAGGUGAUGAUUGCUCAGUUUGAUUUGGAUGGAGAUUAG